AUGUCUCUCGAAACCAUCACGACCAUCUCCCCCGCCACAAAUGCCCCGAUCCUCACUCGCACGGGCAUCUCGUCUGAUGACCUGACUCGCAUCCCCGAGAUCGCCCAGGCUGCCUUCCGAUCGUUCUCGCAGUCCACCACCCUGGAACAGAGACAGCAGAUCGUGUCGCGGGCAUUGGCGAUCCUAGAGAAGAAGAAGGAUGAGCUCGCUCGCGAAGUCACUGAGCAGAUGGGCCGGCCCAUCGCAUAUACCGGCGUGGAGAUCGCAACGGCCAUCAAGCGCAGCCACUACCUGAACCGCAUUAGUACGUCGGUGCUCGGUGAGGAAGGCGUUGUCCCUGGUGAGGAAGAAAAGGGGUUUCGACGGUAUAUCAAACGCCAGCCGGUGGGUGUGGCGCUGAUUAUCUUCGCGUGGAACUACCCCUACCUCAUUCUGGUCAACAGCUUGAUCCCUGCGAUCCUGGCAGGCAAUGCGGUCAUUCUGAAACCUUCGCCCCAGACCCCGACCAUCGUUGAGCAGGCUGCCUCCGCCUUCUACGAGGCCGGUCUUCCCAAGGAUGUGAUCCAGUACUUCCACUGCGGAUCCCUGACCCUACUUGAGACACUGGUCCGCUCUCCGCUAGUGAACCAUAUCUGCUUCACCGGCUCGGUGGCCGGUGGUCUGGCAGUGCAGAAAGCUGCCGCCGACCGGAUUGUGAACGUGGGCCUUGAGCUGGGCGGCAAGGACCCAGCGUACGUGCGGGACGAUGUGGAUGUGGCUUGGGCAGCGGAGGAGAUUGUCGACGGCGCGAUUUUCAACAGCGGACAGAGCUGCUGCGCACUCGAGCGCGUGUACGUCCACGAGAAGGUCUACGAUGGCUUCGUGGCGGAGGUCAAGAACGUGCUAAGCAAGUAUCGCGUCGGCGAGCCCUCUGAUCCCAAGACUCAGAUCGGCCCUGUUAUCUCCAAGCGCGCAAGGGAGAUGAUCCUGGCGCACAUUGAAGAUGCAGUCAAGAAGGGCGCAAAGGAUGAGACGCCUGCUAACGAGACUUUUGAGAAUUUCCCGCCCAAUGGAAACUAUGUCAAGCCCACUCUGCUCACGGGUGUGAAUCACGACAUGCUCGUUAUGACGGAGGAGACGUUUGGCCCGGUCAUUCCUGUCAUGAAGGUAUCGGGCGAUGACGAGGCUAUUCGGCUGAUGAAUGAUAGCGAGUUCGGUCUGACGGCUAGUCUUUGGACGAAGGAUGUUGCUACAGCCGAGAAGCUGAUGGAGAGGGUCGAGGCCGGGACUGUGUUUGUCAACCGCGCUGACUAUCCUGCUCCGGACCUGGCUUGGACCGGCUGGAAGAACUCGGGCCGAGGCGUGACUCUCAGCCGAUUUGGGUUCGAACAGUUUGUGAAGCUGAAGAGCCACCAUAUCAAGGACUACCCGAAAUAG